AUGCCGGGACUCGGGACCCGGGAGUCUCCGCCUUACAUCUCCGACGUCGGCAUGCCCUUGCAACCGCCCGUCGACAUCGCUCAACAGGUCGCCCACAGUGUUCAUCUCGCCAAGUCCGGUAUCGCAGGGCUGGUGUUGAUGGGUUCAACUGGCGAGGCCAUUCACAUGUCCCGAUAUGAGCGUGUAGAGCUGAUAUCGGGUGUCCGUCAGGGUCUCGACGAAGCAGGCUACCAUGAAUAUCCUAUCAUGGCUGGGGUACUCGUCAAUAGCGUGGAUGAGACUCUCGAAUGGUUACGCGACUCAGCCGAGGCGGGCGCCCAAUGGGGCUUAGUACUCGCGCCGGGCUACUUUGGAGCUGCUGCGAGCCAAGAUAACCUCGUUGAGUGGUUUACUAUGGUUGCCGAGAACAGCCCCCUCCCGAUUUUGAUAUACAACUACCCGGGCGUGACCAACAACCUGGUCGUCGCCGUAGAGACAUAUGUGAAGUUGGCCUCGCACCCCAAUAUUGUGGGGUGUAAAAUGUCUCACGGUAACGUGUCGCACCACGUCCAGGUAUCACUUCACCCUACGAUUGAUCACAAAAGCUUUCGCGUCUACUCUGGCUUCGGGCAGCAGCUCGGCCCAAUUGUUAUGUUCAAUGCCGCUGGGGUGAUUGAUGGCCUCGCUGCUAUCUUUCCCAAGACCAUCGUGCAACUAUUCAAUCUAGCGGCCCAGCGACCCGCCGACGAGAAGGCCCAAGAGGAGGUCCGCCGCCUGCAGUGGAAAGUUUCGUCAGCGGAGGAAUUCAUCGUCAAGAACGGCAUCUUGGGCAUUCGUGAGGCCAUCUUCAAGGUUUUGGGUAUGGGUCAUCUGGACGGCGGCAGGCUCCCUUUGAAAGGCAGCUUGCCACCAGGCGUCUGGGAGCAAUGGAGCGACGCUUUGGGACAAAUGGUGGAUCAAGAGAACAGUCUGUAG